AUGGGGCAAUUGUUGCAACUGUUCAAACAGUUAAACUCCAAUCAACCAACCCCUGAAACUGUGACUAACACCCACACCCUCUACGUCUCUGAGAAACUAACGAAUCAAAAUUACACAAAAUGGUCCAGGCUGAUGCACUUAGCCAUCAGUGGACGAGAUCGUCUCAAUCACAUCAUAGACGAUCCUCCUUCCACAGAUGACCCAGCCUACAGCCAGUGGACCAAACGUGACUCGAUUGUUAUUUCGUUGAUCUUAGAGAAUGUAGAUGCUGAUUUGGUGAAUCAGUAUCUUGAUUUCCCAACAGCCAAAGCUUUGUGGCAAGGGAUUGAAACUCUCUACAAUAGUGGGAGAGACGGCCUGCAAAUAUUCGACCUUACAGUCAAAGCCAACAAAAUGCAACAGGGAACUGACACAAUUGAAACUUAUUACAGCAAACUAAUAAUGUUGUGGAAAGAAAUCGACAGGAGGCAACCCAAUCCAAUGAAAGACCCAGAUGACAUCAUUGUUUACAACCAAUUAAUCCAGAAAGAUCGAUUAUACCAGUUCUUGGCAGGAAUCCAUCAAACAUUCGACAGAGAUAGGCGCGACCUCCUACUUUUAGAUCCACUCCCAACAGUGGAGGAGGCUUAUGCAACUAUAAGAAGAGAAAUAUUAAGGCGUGGCAUCAUGAAAAAAGAGCCCUCAUCAAAUAUGGAAUCAUCGGGCUCCGGUGGGGUUUUCUCAGCAAAGGGAAGGAGCUACAGACGUGAAGAUGACAGAACACACCUCAAAUGCACCCACUGUGGAGGCACAAGACAUACCAAGAAUGAGUGUUUCAAGCUUGUAGGCUACCCAGAAUGGUGGCCGGAUGCAAAGAGGAGGGGGGAAAGAAAGCCAGCACGUUUUCCGGAGCAAAAUCGGACCGGACAGGUGGCCAUGGGGUGGAGUACUGAAGGCCAUACACCCAUAGAUGAAGCUGAAAAAGAAAAAGGGAAACGUACCAGAGAAGCCAACAGUAAACCAGAUGAAGAAGGUACCAGAAGCAACAACGAAAGGGUCUCUCUCUCCUUCAGAUCCGGCAUAGCAGAUGAACAAGGUACCAAAGGGAGAGACAACGUCGCCAUUUUAGGGUUAGAAAAGGAAGAAGAGGAAGAAUUGCUCUCCCAAUCUCACAAAAAUAAGGGAGCAGUAGAAGACAACGGCGCAAAAAUGGCGUUAGAAGAAGAGAGUGAGGAGAAAGGGCCUCCUCAAAGCCCUUUAAAUAAGGGAGCAUUAGGGUUGAGAGAGGGGAGAGGGUCACGUGACAGUACACGUGUGGCCAUCAUCCCAACUCAAAAUUUCUCUUCCUCCUUUAAUGUUUCAUCUUAUUUUAAAGGGGGUUGGAUUUUCGAUUGUGGUGCCACUGAUACAAUGUCAUUUGACCCGAUUGAUUUUUUGACUCAUGACGUACCUAGGAAAGACAUUAUUAAAACCGCGAAUGGGGAAGGGAUUAAAGUGAGAGGAGACGGAACUAUUUCAUUUACAAAAAACCUCACUUUAAAAAAUUGUUUAUUUGUACCUGACCUGUCACAUAAGCUAUUGUCUGUAAGCCAACUUACGCGAGAUCUUAACUGUACGGUUCUGAUGAAACCCGGGUGUUGUAUUGUGCAGGAUGCUCAGACAGGAAACAUCAUUGCGCGUGGUGUUGAGAGAGAUGGACUGUAUUACUUGGAAGAGGAGACUCAAAAAGGCAAAGCAGCACUUGUUCGCGGACUAGAGGAAAGACAACUGUGGCAUCGACGACUGGGACAUCCUUCUAUAGGGUAUUUAGAAAAACUUUUUCCUAAUUUGUAG